AUGCGUAACUUGAUCCAAAGAAUUAACAAUCUGUUGCGAUAUUUUUUCUUUUACACUUUUCUUUCGUCAAACUUGGAUUCGUUUCAUAUUUGUUCUUUAUUUCCUUUUGUUAGAUCCAUUUCUUUCACCUUCUUUCAUUAUAUUCCUUUCUUUCACUCGCUCUUUAUUUUGAUUUCUUAUUUCUUUUGCACUCUCCUUUUUUUGAUCUCUUUCUUUCUUUCUUUUUCUUUCUUUCUUUCUUUCUUUCUUUCUUUCUUUCUUUCUGUCUUUCUUUCUCUUUCUCCCAAACCUGUUAAACUAAGUCAGUUUUUCAUUCUCUUUCGCAUUUUCCUCCCACGCCUUCUUUUGAUCUUUUCAUUCUUUCUGGUUAGCGAACGGGACAGACGGAGCCUUGGUGAUACGAUGGAUGUGCCGUCGUCGUCGUCGUCGUCGGUUCUCGAGGACACGAAGAGCGACGUAUAUUCCAAUCGUCUCCAUGGAGCGGUCUGCAGCCGAGGCCAACGGACAAGGAGUGAAGCGGUGACCGUAGUCACGUGA